GAUGCAAGUGCUAGUUUAUUUCAACCUAAGAUUAAUGUCUUUGGCUAUUCUAUGUUUAUGAAGUUACCUAAAAGAGGAGGAAAAAAUAGUUCAGGUAGACCAAGAAGAAGAUUUCCCACUGAACAUGUCGCACUUUUCAUGAAGCUGCUAAAGCAAUGCUUUAAAGCUCUUCGAAACGCGAAGGCCAUUAAAGGAGCAACAGAUAUGAAAGAUCAAACAGAGAAAGUCUACGCUCAUUAUGAUCACCAGGACGAAUGCAGAGCAUUCAGAUGGACAGCCAGGGAGUCCUAUGAAUAUUUGUACGACCGGCCUUGGGAGGAAGUGCUGAAGUUUUACUCUUAUUUGACUACUGGGCGUUUAUCUCUAUCCAGUCUAGUCUUCAAUGAGGAUAAAAAGGCAUCAAAUGGAGAUCUCGGAGUUGUAAAAUCAAGCCAGAUCAAGGACGGUCUCCUCCAAGGACGAUCAAGCAAGGACAAGGGCGACCUCCUCCAGCCUAGCAUCGACAAGGACGGCCUUCUUUGGACUAACAUCAUCAAGGGCGACUUCUCCAAUCCAGUAUUCCAAGGCGAGGAACUUUCUGUUGAAUCCUCAAGACAGACAACCCUUGAUUCAUUACGAGUACAUGUUCACUUGGAAAACAACAAAGAGGAUGCUAAAAUAGGAAAGUGGGCAAGGAGAACUUUCAAGAUACAUUUGUCUUAUGAUGGAAGUUCAUUUGAUGGCUGGCAAAAGCAACCGGGCUUGAAUACAGUACAAGGAUUGGUUGAGAAAACUCUUGGAGAAUUUGUUGAUGAAAGAAAGGCUCAAGAAAUGGAAGCAAAAAAUGGCUCAGUUGAAGCAACUGUGUCUGUUGCUGGCCGUACAGAUAAGGGAGUGAGUGCCUUCCAACAAGUUUGUUCAUUCUAUACGUGGAGGACAGAUAUCAGUCCAGAAGAAGUGGAAAGAAAGAUAUGUGCUGCAGCACCCGGACAACUUAGAGUUGUGAGUGUCUCUGAGGUCUCACGUGAAUUCCACCCUAAUUUCUCAGCCAAAUGGAGGCGUUAUCUGUAUGUGUUGCCUCUUAAUGAUGGGGAAGGAGAUAAAAUGUUUCAGAGUGAUGUUAAUCUUGGGGAUAAUGGUGAGGACAACUUGGCUUAUAGAAGUGAUAAUCAGAGGAUGGAUACAGAAGGUAUAAAUCUGGGGUUAUCGGAUGCCAGUGAUAGAAAACUUCAGGCUUUUAAGAAGCCCUGUAACUUCAAUGUUGAUAAUGUCAAUCAGCUUUUGCAACAGCUAGAAGGCAAAUCCUUAUCUUAUGCUAUAUUUGCACGUGACACAAAAGCAUCAAGAAGCAGUGGCCCGGCAACAGAUUGCUUUAUGUAUCAUGCUCGGGCUGCAACUGCUACUUUGCCUCAAUUGGAACAGGAUAAAUCAAGUAGAGGAAGGAACGUCAUGUGUGUAGAACUGGUUGCCAAUAGGUUUUUGCGUAAGAUGGUUCGUGUUCUUGUUGCAACUGCUGUGAGAGAGGCAGCUGCUGGUGCAGCUCCUGAUAUUCUUUUGAAACUCAUGGAAGCAACAUGUAGAAGGGCCUCUGCUCCUCCCGCUCCUCCUGCUGGGCUGUGCCUAGUGAAUGUUGGUUAUGAAGACAUAAAUAUGGAAAAUUUCCUCAUUAAAUAAUAAAUUAUAUUGGAAAAUAUAACCAAACAAAUAUUAAAUCUUUAUUCUUCUGGAGACAGACUCCUUCCUGAAAUAUGUUCACAUUAAUUAACCUUGUAUACUAUAAGAAUAACUGAUCCCAGUAAUAUGUACACGAGUCAGAAAUUUCUUAUGAGGCCAAAGGAAAGAAAAAUACUACUCUUUGGGUUUUGAUGUCAUAAUUUUCUUUGAUUUCUGUUCCAUCUUUAUUACAGAGACUUGAUUUCUUGACUUUAAUGAAAUAUUCUUAUCCCUAUUUCUUGAAAUGGAUAGAUGCACUUUUUGUAAUUGUGGAAGUGGAAUAAACCGGUCAUAAUAGAUUCAAGGCUAC